AUGGCCAAAUUCCUUGCUCAGGACGCGUUGCUGCCGCUGCCGGCUCAGCUCCCAUAUGACAAACAGUCAGUCCCAGUAGCUGGCACUAAACGCCCUGGACAAUCUGCUCACUAUGUCAAUGGCAUGUGGGGCCUGCUUGACCCCACAAAGUACAGCAUCAAAGUGCUUCCUGACGUUUUCGAAAGCGGUCUGUCUAAGGGAAAGGACCGAGCGUUCCUCGGUUAUCGUCCUGUUGUCUCCAAGGAACCCCUCAAGUUCGGCCCCUACCAAUGGCACACAUAUGGCCAGGUCGACACUCGCCGCAGACACAUCGGGAGUGCACUCGUCCACCUCUUCAAGAACGGUACUCUUGGCGGUGGUGACCUUGAAACGGUUGGCAUUUGGUCACUCAACAGGCCAGAAUGGCAAAUGGUCGACAUUGCGCUUCACAGUUACAAAAAAGUUGGUGUCACUUUGUACGAUACCCUGGGAAAGGAUUCAGUCCAAUACAUCAUCAACCACUCUCAUUUGUCAAUCGUCUUUGCGACCAUUGACCAUGUUUCGCAUCUACUCAAGCUAGCGAAAGAGACCCCGUGCCUGAAGAUGAUUGUUAGCCUUGACCCCCUAACCCCAGAAACCAGCCAAGUCUUUUCGGAGUGGGGCCAGACACACAACAUCGUGGUCAUGGAUAUCUUCCAACUCGAGGCAUUGGGCAAGGCAAACCUAAUUGAACCCAUCCGUCCCGCUAUCAGCGAUGUCGCAUUCCUUUGCUAUACUUCCGGUACUACUAGUACUCCCAAGGGUGUCGUAUUAACCCAUGGUGAAUUUGCGAGCGCUGUGGUGACCAACCUUCUUGGUCUCGAGCUCUCCCCGGAGGGUUCAUUGAUUUCAUAUCUCCCUUUGGCCCAUAUUUACGAGCGCAAUAACGAAAUGGGCUGUAUCGCGAUCGGCGGGAAGAUCGGUUUCUUCACUGGCGACCCAUUGCGCUUAAUCGAGGACUGUCAAGCUCUCCAGCCCGAGUUUUUCCCUGGUGUUCCUCGAGUUCUCAAUCGGGUCUACCAAGCUGCCAUGGCCGCUGCCGACGUUCCAGGUCUCAAGGGAGACCUCUUCCGCAAAGCAUACGCAGCAAAGAUUCAAAAAUUCCACGCCACCGGAGAUAACACCCAUUUCUUCUGGGACAAGAUAGUCUUCCGAAAGCUUCGCAGUGUGAUUGGAGGCAAGGUGCGCCUGAUUGGAACUGGUUCAGCUCCGAUCAGUGGCGAUGUUAUCGACUUUUUGAAUGUUGCGUUCUCUGCCUACGUCAGUGAAGGUGGUAAUUUGUUGCAUGUCUCCGCAUAUUUUCUGUUGUCUGACUGUUUCUCCAGUUGGGGUAUGACAGAAACCGGUGGAUCCGGGACUAAGACUUGGCCUGGUGAUUCCACCGCGGCAGGCACUGUUGGCCCACCGCAGUCCGUUUGCCUGCUCAAGCUGGUGGACGUGCCAGCCAUGGGAUACUCUGCUGAAGACAAACCUAACCCGAGGGGCGAGCUUUGCAUGCGUGGCACAAACGUUAUGACCACCUACUUCAAAGAUGAAACGAACACCAAGGCUGCGAUUGACGAAGAAGGGUGGCUCCACACUGGCGAUGUCGCUGAAGUCGACCACUGCGGUCGGUUCAAGAUUAUCGACCGUGUCAAGAACAUCAUGAAACUUGCUCAAGGCGAAUAUGUGGCUCUUGAAAAGAUCGAAAACACCUACAGCGGGGUCCCGCUGAUCCAGCAACUCUACGUCCAUGGCGACGGGCUGCAGUCUUUCCUGAUUGGCGUUGUUGUACCCGAUCCCGUCCAACUGGCCAAUGUUGUGUCGGGCAUAUAUAAGAAGAAGGUGACAGCAGAAGCAACCGCAGAGCUCAAAGCCGCUUGUGGGGACGAACGUGUGGUGCGACACAUUAUGACUAUCCUGGAAGCCGAAAGCGAGAAGAACAAGCUCAGAGGAUUUGAAAAGAUUAAACGCAUCCACGUCUCGUUGGAUCCGUUCACCAUCGAGGAUGGUACCCUGACACCCACAUUCAAGUUACGUCGGAAAGAUGCGUACAACAAAUUCAAGACGGAGCUCGAUGCGUUGUACGCGCUGGGAGAACCCAAAGGGAAACUUUGA